AUGGCCCGGCCUUGGUGCGAUUGGCUCAACCUGCCGACGCUGCCUUUGCACAUACACGAAGUGCUUCUCGGCGCUCUCUUCUACUCAUUCGUCUUCUACCCUUUCUCGCCAGCUGUGUCACGACUGCUGGCCCCGAAGCAUUACACAAAACUCAGCAGGAAGAGGCGCCUGAAUUGGGACGCUCAUGUUGUGUCCAUGGUUCAGAGCCUUGUCAUCAACGGGCUUGCCUUAUGGGUCCUGUUCGUAGAUGGAGAAAGGGCAGCAAUGUCAUGGGAGGAGCGUGUAUGGGGAUACACUGGGGCUACAAGCAUGAUUCAGGCUCUUGCCGCUGGCUAUUUUCUCUGGGACUUGAUUGUCACAGGCUGCAACGUGGACAUUUUUGGACCCGGAACCCUUGCUCAUGCCGUCGCAGCUCUGCUCGUCUUCUCCCUUGGUUUUCGACCGUUUGUCAACUACUAUGGGUGCAUAUUCAUUCUUUGGGAACUGUCCACUCCCUUUUUAAAUAUACACUGGUUCAUGGAUAAACUCGACAUGACCGGCUCGCAAGCGCAGUUAUACAAUGGGUUUUUGCUGCUGUUUACUUUUUUCUCAUGCCGCCUUGUCUACGGUACCUAUCAAUCCGUAAAGGUCUUUAGAGACAUAUGGUUCGCCAUCAACAAUCACCCAUCGAUAGAAGCGCAAAAGGUGGCGGAAAUGGGCUUUGUAUCUGAGACGUCCACGGUGCCCCCCUGGCUUGGUGCAGUCUACUUGGCGAGCAACUUGACUCUCAACGGGCUGAAUAUGUAUUGGUUCAUAAUGAUGAUCAAAGCUGUGAGCAAGCGUUUCAAGCCGGCACAAGAGCCGCAGACGGAAACGAAGCUCGACCUUGGCUCUACUGCGUCCGGGGUGUCUGCUAUUCAAGGGUAUGCACAGCGACGGAAGGUCUGA